AUCCGCGGAAUGGAGAGUAAACGGGUUCUCCAGGGAGAGGAGGGGAAAUGUCGGUUUAAUUUCUCCAGCCCCUUCAGUGCAUGCCCAGCGGUCACUGUCUGGGUUCGCUGUGCACAGCUUUCUUCCGUUUCGAGGUCUGGAGCAGCAUGUCGGGGCGGGGCCCACCUCGGCUGAGCCACCCGCUGCUGGCAUUUUCUGCGGAGAUUUUACGUUCCGCCUGAACUUGGCCGGAAGGCUGGAGGCUCCUGCCGGUGAAUGUGCUGGACCGAGAUGGAAAGAGGGAAUGGAACUUGGAAGGAACGACGGCUGGCGUGCUGCAGUCCAUAGGGUCGCAGAGUCAGACACGACUGAGCGACUGAAUUGAACUGAUAGAGGGAAGGAAGGGGCUCCCAGCCCGCGCUUCCCUUCAGCGAAGCCUCGAGUCGGCCCCCGCCCCGCCUCAACCUGCGGGCCGGAGGAUGCUGCGAGUGUCAGCGCCUCCUCGCCGGUGCAGCGCCGGUCGGGCUGAGGGAGACGUGGCGACACCCGGAAUCUGUACGCAGCGAGGGUGGUUGAGAGGCGGAGACAAGGCGGCGGAAAGUGCUGGAGGGAACCCAGCCAUCUGCAGUGCCCGCGGGCUGCGCCGGCCGGAGGGUGUGUUUCGUGCCGUGUUUCGCCCUGGUCAUUCAUCUGUCACGGCCAGCCAGCCAAGCCCAGGAUCCCAAACUGUCCAAGGUUGCAUCAUUUUUCUGGAAGGCAUCCCAUUAUUGUUCCAUUGACCUUUCUCUCAUUCCCGAGCCCUCUGGAGUUAUGUCAACAGCUGCCUUACUUACUUUGGUAAGAAGUGGUGGGAACCAGGUGAGAAGGAGAGUGCUGCUCAGAGCCCGCAGUCUGCAGGAUGACAGGUGGGUGACGCCCACGUGCCACAGCUCCACUUCAGAGCCGAGAUGGUCUCGCUUUGAUCCUGAUGGUAGUGGCCGACCAGCUACCUGGGAUAAUUUUGGCAUCUGGGAUAACCGCCUGGAGGAGCCAAUUCUGUUGCCACCCAGCAUUAAGUAUGGCAAGCCAAUUCCCAAAGUCAGCUUGCAGAACGUGGGCAGCGCAUCACAGAUUGGCAAACGGAAAGAGAAUGAAGACCGGUUUGGCUUUGCUCAGCUGACCAAUGAGGUCCUAUACUUUGCGGUGUAUGAUGGCCACGGUGGACCUGCAGCGGCCGAUUUCUGUCAUACCCACAUGGAGAAAUGCAUCCUGGAUUUGCUUCCUAAGGAGGAGAACUUGGAAACUGUGUUGACCUUGGCUUUUCUUGAAAUAGAUAAAACCUUUGCAAGGCACGCCCACCUAUCUGCUGAUGCAACGCUUCUGACCUCUGGGACUACUGCAACAGUAGCCCUAUUGAGAGAUGGUAUUGAACUGGUUAUAGCUAGUGUUGGGGACAGCCGAGCUAUUUUGUGUAGAAAAGGAAAACCCAUGAAGCUGACCAUCGACCACACUCCAGAAAGAAAAGACGAGAAAGAAAGGAUUAAGAAAUGUGGGGGGUUUGUAGCUUGGAAUAGUUUGGGACAGCCUCACGUGAACGGCAGACUUGCAAUGACAAGGAGUCUCGGAGAUUUGGAUCUUAAAACCAGUGGUGUGAUAGCAGAACCUGAAACAAAGAGGAUUAAGCUACAUCAUGCUGAUGACAGCUUCCUGGUCCUCACUACAGAUGGAAUUAACUUCAUGGUGAACAGUCAAGAGAUUUGUGACUUUGUCAAUCAGUGCCACGAUCCCAAUGAAGCAGCCCAUGCAGUGACUGAACAGGCAAUACAAUAUGGUACUGAAGAUAACACGACUGCGGUAGUAGUGCCUUUUGGUGCCUGGGGAAAAUACAAGAACUCUGAAAUCACCUUCUCGUUCAGCAGAAGCUUUGCCUCUAGUGGACGAUGGGCCUGAUUGCUUGCUGGGACUUGGAGUUUCUGUGCAACAGUUUUUCACUGAGUGUAUCAAGAAACUGAUUAGAUUUAAAAAGUGAACUGUAAGUGGUGACCCUAGAACUCACUAGACCAGUACAUAAAUCAACAUAAACUUAGUAACCAUCUACAUAGUAGUUUUUCAUAAGUACCUGUGAUAUUUAUGUUCAGCUAACUGUAUAUACUCAGAAUAAAUAUGUGGAAUUCAGAUACUGUGAGUGAGCCUCUGCGUUAAGUGAGCAAAUGAAACAUGGUUUUGAUACACUUGCUGAGUGUCUAAUUUCUAAUUUUUAAAACUUUUAGGCAGCUGUGAGCUUCUUUUGGUCAUUUCUAACCUUUAUUCAUUUGACCAGGUUCUUGCCUUCAAGUUCUUCAAAACUAGUCAAUAUUUUGAUGGCUACUCAAUGUGUUAUCUGCAAGUGUUUACUAUAUUUUGUAUUCUGCAUCCCUUACUGGUGAACUUAACAAUACAAUAGAAAUUAAUUCGGCUAACAUGACACUGUUAAAAUGUAUACAUAUGGACUACAGUGCACUUGGAUAUUUCAGCUGUGUCACCAGGUCUCCCCUAUGUGUGCUGUACUAAGUUGCUUCAGUCAUGUCUAAUUCUGUGCCCCUGUGGACUGUGGCCCUCCAGUCUCCUCUGUCCAUGGGAUUCUCCAGGCAAGAAUACUUGACUAUGUCGCCAUGCCCUCCUCCAGAGGAUCUUCCUGACCCAGGGAUCGAACCUGCGGCUCCUGCAUUGCAGGCAAGAUUCUUGACCUCUGAGACACCAGGGAAAUCCCAGGUCUGUCUUGCCCCCACUCAAUUCAUUCCUGUUUUUCUGUAGCUAAUAUAUAGCUGUGACUAUUCGUUCAUAUCGGAAAAAGAAUGUCCAAUAUAAGAGUUCUUUGGUCAAAGCUAUACAAAGUACAUCUGAUAGUAUCAGGUGUUUUGUAUGAAGUUUCUAUUUGUUAUCUCUAAUCCUAAGUUUUGUGUUCUGUAUAUAGUCUGUUUAUGUCACUUUUUGUAUACAGUAAGCAAGUCGGAUAAUUUGUCCUUAAAGAUAAUCCCACAUUGACUGAUAAUUGCUAUAGACAUAGCUUGAGGUUUAUGUCUUCUUUUUCUAAGACUCAUAAGAAAGAAUAAAUCUUAAAGCAUUAUCUAUUUCAGCUUGCUAUGUAAUUUAGGGGUGUAAAACUAUAUUUCCUUAUAUCUGUGUGUAAGUUUACUGUUAAAAUGUGAAUCCCUAAAUAUGUGUAUGGAAUUAUAUCAGCAGUUUAUUUCUGCAGACAGUGUAAAUUUGUUAUAUGUAGGUGUAUGUAUAUAUGUAUAUUUUGGACUAAUGGAAAAUGAAAGGGAACAAUCUUUCAUAGCUCCUUCACCAGUUAGCCGUAGAUUAUUGAUACAUUUAUCUCUAAGAACUCUUGACAAACUGAGGGAAGUUUUGUAGUGGAGAACCAAUGGUUACUGGCAGAUAGGUUAAAAAUUAUCGUAGGAGAUAUUUUGCGGUAGGUAACUUAUGUGGAAAAACCUAGGAACAGAACCAGCAUGUUGACGCUACAUUGUUAUAUGGUAAUUUGCGUAUAAAAUAAUAGGAUGUGAGAAGAAUGCUUAAAUGUUAAGAAAGAUGUGGAGUUUUGUUGUAGAAACAAAAGAAAUACCAAAACUUUAAAGUUGAUAUAAUUUAAACUCUUAGUUUUCCGGUUGAUGUUUUUUUCUUCUUUAAAUUUUACUCAAGACUUAUUAGAAGGAAGAGGGCACAAUAUAUUCACAUCUUCUCACCUUUUUGGGAAUGGAAGAAAAUAAAUCUUGAGCUUUCCUGUCUGUAUUAGUUAGGAAUUGUCCUUUGGAAAAAAGCGUAUGGGAAUUUUUCAAGGUUUUUUUUUUUUCAAGGAAGUUUGGUAAAAGAAAGGAAAACAUUACAAGAAAGAAUAUGGUCUUCUAUUCAUUGCCUGGAAAAUGAGGAACCAAAAUGGUCUAAGAAGACUGGAAAACUUUCUCGCUCUUUCUGUAUAGGGUCCUGGGACAUAAACAUGGAGGCUACAUUUAGGAGUAUGAAGGGUUUCCAAACUAGGAAGCUAACAGAAACUCUGAAGCACAAGAUGACCUCCUAAAAAUGUAGGUUUUAUUUUUGUUUUGAAUUCUUCACUUUGCUAUUCCUCUCUUUUACUUUAAACAAACAGGGGUGGGAGUGAUGUUGUCAAGUUCAGGGUCUAAGAGUCACUGAUCCAUUGGGUGGGUUGCCAGCUGUGACAAAGAAGAAUCUGUAGACUACAUAGGCCUUGGUCUGGGGUGGAGUUUGCUCUGAUCCCCCUGAAAGCUUUUAAAACCUGAAACUAGUCAGCUUUGACUACAGCAUAAAAACACACUGAUAUUUGUUUUUUAAGCCACAAUGUUAAAGUAUAACUUUUAGAUUAUUGUAACCCAUAAAAUAACCCAUAAAAGAUAAGCAUACAUGUAUUAGGCUUCUAAGUCUAUUACUGAAAAUUAUGCAAAUAAUGGAACAAAACGACUGUUCUAAAUAGUUUUUUUUAGUUAUAACUGUGAAUUUGCCAUGUGGCUAUUACCAUGUGGGUAUUGGUAUGGUGUAAAUUAUAUUAAUGUAAUUAAACUUAAAUCAAUCAUA